ACUCUCUCCUUUUGUUUUCGCAUGUCGCCGCGACACGGCGGCACCGUGCCACUGAUCUCAGACGAGGCUAUCAGCCAGGGGCUCACGCCUUGUAUUUCCUAAAGAUGACAGUCGUACGCGCGCGCACUAAUCUGAAUGCGCGGACUUUUCAUUCGUUACCCGUUCGCGGAGGGCAGCUUCGAGCGGGGCUCGGGUCUGAACGCUACCCGGGGCAUGUUCCGGGCUCCCAUGAGUGGCCUCUACCUCUUCUUCGCCACGGCGUUCACGAGCCGGCCGGUGUCGGCAAGGGCUUUGCGCAAGCAACUCGAAACUUCCGCCAACGAUGCAUCGCUGAUCGUGUGCGUCAACGCGAGGUGCCAGAAGAACCUGUCCCUCCGCACGACAAGCGAGUUCAGUGAUGGCGAGUACACCAUGUCACUGUCAACCAGCGGGCCCCUGAUGCUUCGGGCUGGCCAAGUUGUUUCGCUGUGGUUCCACAACCGCACACCUUACCAUAUUACCAUCCACGAGGGAUCGCAGUUCAGCGGGUUACUGGUUGGCCUUUGAGUAUACACACUCGGAUGCGUGACAGCCUGGCCAAUAUUAUCAGCAUUGGUGUUCACGCCUUGUGGCUACGCCCUUUGUUAUUGUUAGCUGAAAAUGUCCACGUUUGGUAUUCUUAGUCAUUUUCGGCAUCUUAUUUAGAGCAGCCUGUAAUCAGCAAGUUAUACCAUCAUCCUUUGAAUUAACUCUGAGGCAAAUAGCUCGCGGAACAGUCCUUUCUUUUAUUAUUCCUCCCGAUCCUCUACACAAUACUACUACUUAUGCUCGACACGUUUAGCCAAUGCUUCUGCCUAUACUAACCUGACUUCUCAUCUAAUAAAGACACGUGACACAAUCUUGCAAUGUUCUGGUGAACUCGGCUGAUUGGUUGCCUAGUUAGGGCAGCGGAACUGUUUGAGCUCGAGCAAAUAUCCAGCAACCUUAUCUGCUUCUGAAGUGCCUUCAAAAAAACAGAAGGGAUUUCUUUGCAGCAUUAUGCUCGGUGCUUUUUGCAUAUCGAUAGUUCAUCACAUGAAAAGUGAAUUUAGUUUAAAUUUUGAAGGUAUAGCUGGGCUUAAGAUCUUUACUUUACGACAAAUUACACACUACUGCUAUAAUAAUGACUAAUCGGGAAGACAUUCGGAAACUCGAGCCUUCGUGUUUGCCUGAAGAGUGACGUUAAAGCCAGCUCAUUCGUGUUCACAUGGUCUCUUGCGCGUCUGCACCUCAGUUUCGCUUCUAAUAGGCCAUUUCAUCAAAUAGUUAUGUAUGUUAAUAUAAGUAUUUGUAGGUGUGUUGUGUUUGUUUCUUUAUAUAUUCAAGUGUACGACCAGACGCAGAGUAGUUAUUGUUGUCUUAAUAAGCGUUUGAUAUUGUCGCCUCAAUCUUUGAUGCCAGGAAACAUGGCAAAUAUGAGCUUCCAUCGAGGUUUAUAUGCACCUUUAAUUAGUUAUCGGAAGAAUUAUAGUAAAAGCUUCCGACGUGUAAAUAGUGGCGCGCACUUCGUAGUCUGAAAUAUAUUUUGUGCCAUAUUUUAUAGUUUUUUCUCUGUUAUAAAUGCGUUGUGCGACGAUGAUGGACUUAGCACGUGAUCCUAAUUCCCGUGUCUGUCUCUGCAAGUAGCCUUGUGCUUUAAUAAAUUUGUGAAUAAAUGUUUGCUUAGCGAUA